GCCGACUCGGAGGCUGGCAGAUCUGAUUGAAAUGCUCCUCCGUGCCGCCGGCGGGGUAGUGCUUCGGGCUGUACGGGCUUCCGAGCUCGCGUGCCCGCCGGCAACCACGUGGGGCGGCAGCAGCGCGGGCGGAACCCAGGGCGGGCGGCUCGUGGUUGGCCCGGGCCUCUGCGGAUGGGGCGCCGGCGGAAGUGGAGGCGCCAGCUGCCGCGGACCUUGCCAGGAUAAUGCAGACCCCACUGGCCGUUCCUGUACCUGUUCUCCGGCUCCCCCGCGGCCCUGAUGGCUUCAGCCGAGGCUUUGCCCCCGAUGGACGCAGGGCCCUUCUGAAGCCACAGGUCCCUGAAAUCCUGGAGUCCUCUAUAGUUCAAGAAUCUCGGGAAUCCCAGGAACAGCAGGCCCGAGCUGCCCUUCGGGAACGCUACCUCCGAAGCCUGCUGGCCAUGGUGGGUCACCCGGUGAGCUUCACAUUGCACGAAGGUGUGCAUGUGACUGCUCACUUUGGGGCCACCGACCUGGAUGUGGCCAACUUCUAUGUGUCACAGCUGCAGACUCCCAUAGGUGUGCAGGCUGAGGCACUGCUCCGGUGUAGUGACAUUAUAGCAUACACCUUCAAGCCAUAAAGACAUUAUUGUGCUCAUCUUUCUACCCUAGGCCUAGCCACAGUAUUCCAGGCCUCCAAAUAUUCCUGAGUCCAGAGCUCUGAGCCCCAUAGAAUUUGGAACUCCCUUGGAAUUUUGUGCUAAGCUCCAAGUAACUCUGGGUUCUGGGGACCUUCAGGGGCUAGUCAGUAAAAUUCUGCAACUCCCAGAGUUCUAGAUCCUCUUGGAAGGAAUGCUGUACCUCACCGAACUCUAAACUCUACAGAAACAUGGGCCUCAUGCCAGUUCCUGAAGACUCGGGGGAGCGGGGCAUAAAGGAAGGCAAGCUGCAGAGUGGGAAAUUGAUUAUUGAAGAAGUUGCAAAGUUCUGCCACCCUGAAGAUACUCCACUAUACCCCCCUCCACCAAAUAAACAAUUGUCCUAGGAAAAUUCA